CUAGCUCGUCUCAGUCUCCACGCGUUACUCAACGCUACAACUUCGGUACGGCAAAGUGAGAAUGGCACCAAAUAACCAGAACUACAACGCGGAUGAACUGGAGCCGCCAACGUGGUUGAAUGAUGAGUUCUUCAGCAAGGUGUUGCAAAAUUUCGAAACUGAUGCCAAGGAUUUGCAACUAAAGAGCACUAAAUUAUCACCGGCCACACUCAAGGGGGAUCACUAUGCGAGUGUUAUGUUUCGAGCAGCUGUUGGGUAUGAAUGCGAUGGUGUGGCGAAGAUGAAAAAGAUGAUUAUGAAGAUAAUGCCCAGUGAGGAGGGACACAAAAAGGAAAUGUUUGCCGAAUCGACUAUAUUUGAAACUGAAAUUAGCAUGUACACAGAGGUGAUACCGCGCUUCGAGCAGAUAUUGCGUGACAUUGGCGAGGAUACAGUGCUCAAAGCGCCCAUUCUCUACUAUCAGCUGAGUCCUGAAAAGGUUAUCAUCUUCGAGGAUAUUGUGCCGCUGGGCUAUGAGAUGGUGCGCGAUCGUUACGCCAGCUAUGAAGAGCUUCGAGCCGCCUAUGCCAAGUUGGCCAAAUGGCAUGCCAUAAGCUAUAAAAUAAAUUUGGAGGAGCCCGAAUAUUUCGAAAAGUUUCAUCAGGGUCUACUAUCCAUACCGAAGAUUGAGGACAAUGAAGUUAUGUCAGCCGGCAUCGAUCAUUUGAUCAAACAGAUGAAGACAAUGCCAUCACUGCAGGAGUAUGUACCGCAUCUCGAACAAAUCAAAGACGCUGUUUUUGCAGGCGCAAUCGCUUCAUUCAAGGAGUAUCACAAUGCACCAAAGGCGGAUGCCUACUAUGUGCUUUGCCAUGGUGAUUUUCAUAACAAAAAUAUGAUGUUCAAACAUAAUGCGGAAACGGGAAAAUUUGAGGAUGUUAUGCUGCUGGAUUAUCAACUCUGUUAUGUCGGUCCUUUAGUGAAUGAUUUAAUUUACUCAAUUUAUAUGCUCUUGAAUUCGGAUCAGCGUGAACACUUGGCGGAGUUCAUCUACUUCUAUUUAGAACAGUUCAAAGAAACGCUGCAGAAAAUUGGUUUCGAAGGACCGAUGCCGAAAUUAAUGAAGAUCGCUGAGCAGCGAAUGCAACACAAAUAUUGGGAACUUUUCCUUCUUACCACUUUUCUUCCCGCUUGGUUGGCUUUCCGCGGAGGUGAUAUUGGUGCUGACGAUAUAAUGACAUCCGAAGAUGCUCGAAAUGAAAUGUAUGCCAACAAAGAGUUCCAUGACGAGUUGACAAAACUUCUGCCACAGUAUUUGCAUUUAGGUUAUUUUGAAAAGGAUUAGUUUUUGCUAUUUUAAAAUCUAGGAUAGAUUGUAAUCAAAAGUUGCAGGAAAUAAGAAAGUAAAUGAUCUUAAAUAUAAAAUCAAGUUAGUCCGUAAAGCAAGAGAAUUAAAAUAAAUAUAAUAAAUAUAAAUAAAAGCUACAAAUAAAAUAAGGCCACAUGCCGGCUUAUCUUAUUAA